AUGGCGAACCCGACCACGAGUCUGAAGCCAAAGAUGAAGAAAGUCGGGAAGUACGACUGGGGCGUCGCGUUGCUGACGAAAAAGUCCAACAACGCGGCGGCCGAGCUGAAGCAGGUGCUCUGUGAGGUCGGGGACAGCAUCCGGCUCAGUUGGGGGGGAGACAAGUGGAUGCUGGACAUUUUACUGUUGAAAUCCGAAGCCGACUACGUGCUUUGUAACACAAAAGACGCCUCCGGCGUGGCGUACCAACUCGCGCCUCUGUCCAGCUCCGGGCAGGUAGAAUUCAACUGCCAGAACCAGGGGGUCUACUUUUUGACCUCGAGUCACGGCUGUGAACUGGGGCACAAACUCCGCGUCCAGGUGACCAACAUGGAGAAAACGAAGGAUCUACGGGCCAUGUUUAACACGGAAACCGGAAAACACCACUACACGUAUCCCAUGGUCGCGAAGGAAUUUCUGAUACCCGCGGACUUCGACGGGGGCUUUUCUUCGGACGAAACCGCCGAUGAGGCGCUGAAGUUUCUGUGGUGCGUGACGCCGCACACCCCCUUGUCGUGUUCCGACUGGCUGCCGGCGUCUGUGGAGGAGAACGUCUGUCUUGCCUUACUCGAAUCCGAUAUCGGCUAC